AUGUCUUCACCAUUCCCAACCUACAGUGAAGUCCCAACAGAUGGAAACAGUUUUCACCCUUCAUUAUUGACGCCACCGUUGACACCUCUCCAAGCACAUGAUGUGCCAUGGCGACCCUCGAGCGCGGACCGUGCCAGUCUCAACAUGAAGAAGAAACAUCAUAGGCACAACAAAUGGGAUAUCGUUGAUGAACAGCUUGCGAAGGAGGAGAAUGUCCAAGACUCGGAUCUAAGUCAAUCGGAACUCCUUAGGAACAAAUCAAUGAGCUAUGCACGCUACAGGGCAUCGAUCUCGGUAUCGCCGACCUCCAUCGAUCCUCAGGGUGCCAACUACAUAAGGCGAUGGACCCUGCCCUCCAAGUCAGAGGCUACCAGAGGCCUGACACCACUACGGUCUACAGUCAAGCAAACCACGGUCAGCGACAGUUCUGAGAGUCCUGCGAUGAUCACGUUGCGUCGAGCAACAACCAGGAGAUCGCCCAAAACAACAGAACUAACCUUCUUUCCUGAAGCCACUUUCUCCCACGAAAAGAAUGGCCUGCUAUCGUAUCUUGUCUCGACGUUCUCGCUUACUAGCGCAGAGGACGAAAGAACAAAUCACUUACUUCCAAGUCCGAGAAAAAUUUCGAAACCAACAUCUGUCGACAACGAUGCUGCUCACCCAACCAUGACCUACCCUGCUGCUACGGUUCGCACCGAGCUUGCUGUUGACGCAAGUUUGUCUAUGCCGGGGACCGAGCAACAGAGCCAGCCACUGCGGAGGUGCUCCACCAAGUACAUCUCUGUUAGCACAACCUAUGAAAUAAUAUGGGACGAGAACGACAGCACGACUACAGGCGAUCAAUCCAGAUCGUCGACUGUCGACCAUCGACGGCCUUCACUUGCAGUGGCGAAAUUGGAGGCCCAACUUGUUCGCAGCAGCCCAAGUACACGACGCGCACCAGAAGAAGUGCUAUCAGCUCCUGAAAGAGCCUCUCGAAGCUCGUCUGAUAUGUUUCAAGAACAAGUGUUGAGCCAUAGCAAAGUGGAGCACCUUUUCGCACGUUUGCAACACAAAACAGGACUCCGAGACCUACCCCGCUCCCGUGGCAGUCAAAGAGGAAGAAGCAGUACUCUGUGCAGCAUUACCGUGGACAAUUCUGCACAGCAGACGCUUCCAGCUAACAGUGAUCGGAAAGCGUCUAUGUUCACGAUGGACUUCUUCCCUCCACUUGCGAGUCGCAGAGCUAGCAUUGCAGCAACGCAGCCUUUGAGCGAGAUGCUGCAGCCCAACGGCUCACAAUUCAAAGGCAAAGCACCAGCACAGAACGCUCUUCGACCACAUCCAGGCAGCUUGUUAGGUUCCAGCAGUCACAGUCGUAGGAAAAGUUCAGCCAACAUUAGUCCUGCUUCGCGUCGAGGAAGUAACAUAGUGCAGAGCAUUGUAAGUAGACUCAACUCAUUGGCAUUGGAGUCCUGGUUGAGCGAAGCAGACACGGAACCUCUUCUCGAUAACCAGGUAGAGCAAGCGAAUUCAGACAGGUGA